AUGCCUUUGGAUAGGGAGAUCGCUGUGCUCUCCGAUGUCUUGUGUGACGAAAUACGCACGUGGAAUGGUGGGACGGAUGUGGGUCUGGAUAGGAAUGGCGUAAUUUCAUACGACAUGUACAGAAAUCAACUGUACCAAUGUGCCACUGUGUCAGCGGCAUGGUCACCAGCCCUGUACAUGCGCUCACACAGCAUCGCAAAAGACACCGAAGAGCCACAGCCACAGCCACAGCCACAGCCACAGCCGCAACCAAGUGAGUACACACAGGCGAACAACAAACAGCCACAGCCACAGCAGGACACACAGACAGGUGGCGCUGGUGUGAGGUCGGGUAUAAAUGUUCCUGCUUAUCAAGGCCUGAGCUUCAUUGCCCUGGCCACGUUGGCAGGCGAAGUGCAUGUGUGGGCGUGGCUGUCCGGAAAGGACCAGUGGGUGUAUGAGGCUCGCAUCGACAUAGGCUGGCAACGGCCCAAGCACCUGCGCAUGGACGACUAUGCACAGCUGUACAAUGUGGCGCAUGCCAAGUCCAUGGCCUUCAGCCUGGACGAGCGCAAGAAAGGAGACCCAGAGGCGCGUUGGAUAAUGCGACUGGCGUGCGGAAUGUCAGACAACUCUGUGGUUGAGUGUGUGUUCAUUCUGAGAGAUCACGCCGGUGGCCCCCGCGCACCACGCACCGUAGGUCCAAAUCGCUAUGCCAUAUCUCCGUCGUCUCGGUUCGUGUCCAGCGUGCGCGUGUGCAUUGCGCUGCCGCGGCAGACGGAGGAGGUCGUAAGCGUAGGCUACAGCUGGACAGCACUAGGACGAGCCUAUCAACAGGAACGCUACCACGGCACCUACCACGCAACAGCCCCCAACUCAAACCCUGCACACACGCGCAAUCUGCGCUCAGUCGUAGACACAGACAAAGGGGCAGCGGUGCUGGCAGUGGCGCUGACCCAUCGGAUAGUCGUCGUUGAACCUCGCAGGGAGGGAGAGGAUGACUCCACAAUUAGUGACGAUAGCCUUAAGCUGCCGCUGUCGGGGGGCUGCCCCAUAGGAGAUCGGCCUGGCAGUCGAGUGCGAGGCCGGAGGUGUAGUGUGUCGCCAUUUGUCACCACCAGCAUCAGCAGCUGUGCAUGGAUGCGUGACCAUGAGCUAGCGGUGACGUUGAUGGAUGGCACAGUGCUCUACUCUGCCUACCGUCCAGCCCCAUCACCACUCAAAUGGGACAGGGCCUGGCACGUCGACCCCACGCCACCGCACUUGCAGAAGGGUAAGGGCGAUGCCGAUCUGCUGGGGGGGGUGGGGGGGGGUCUGGUUAGGGGGUGUGGACACAUCCGUCAAUGGGAUCUUCACGUGCACGGCGUAUGUGCCGUACUCCACGGGCACGCAUGCGCAUGA